AUAUAGUAUGGCUCAUUUCAAAAUUGAUCCAUUUAGUUUGCUAUUUACUGACAUCUAACUUGGAUUACUCAGCGAGUUUGUUUAGACAGGAAUUCGAUAACACAGAGCAUUCCGCUUCAAAUCGGGCGAGAAUGAAGAUUACGCUUUAUAUAUUCUGUAUGGCGUUUGUGGUGGUCACAAUACGGGCCUCGCCGAGCUUGCGGAGAUCAAAAAGGAGUUUUAAGGACGAAAUCGAUUUUGGACACGGCUUCGGCAAACGAACUGAUCAUUUAGGAAACUUAUUGAAACACCAUACACUGUCAGACACAUCAGAUCGGCCUUUGUUAUCAAAUUCAGAGUUAGCAAAAGUAAUAGCAGAAUCUCGAGAAUUAUCGGAAGCGCUGGUUGCAAAGUUUGUGGAUAUAAACGGUGAUGGAUACGUUAGCAAGAAAGAGCUUUUCCCGGAAGGAGUCAACCUCUGAUGUUAUAUAUAAGAUGUUGACAUCAUCACCAUUCUGUGGCUCAUGGUCAUCGUAUCUUGGGAAAAGGAGACGGCAACAACUCGGCAAACAAACACUCAUUCUCUUUUGACAGUGACAACUGCAUGUAAUAGACGCCAUUCUUUGAAGCAAGUACAUUAUUCAUAACACUUCCGUGCUGGCGUUCAUCUCUAAGUAUUUGGAUUUGUUUAUGGAGCGUCGCAUCAUGGGAUACUACUUCGUAAUAAUCGAACUCGCCAUGCUUGUGUUUAAAGCGCCAUGCUCAUGCAAAAAACGAAACCCGUUGAUCAGAGCGUUUUCAAGGAAUAAUUUUCAUGACACAUUGCUUUAUCAAAAACAGAUUCGUUAUAGUCUACUCAAAAACAUGUCCACAAACAAGUACGAUACCCAGCCAAAAGACAAUUGUUUCUCGGGACGGGAUAGCGAAACCUCACUAUUAUCAGCUGGUUGAUGUCGACCUAAUGUCAAGUUGACGUCGGACCGGCAUGAGAAUUUCGAAAGAUGUCUGCCCGACAUUUGCAUAUUUUGCCUGCAGACCUUAGUUUUGACUUUUCUCUAGUUUAUAUAUUUCUUUACGUGGGCAUGCGGCUUUCUAAGUUCUCACUGUCCUUGUUUGCAGCGGUCAGUGAAACCCUGACACCACCUGGUCAGGCAAUCGACGCAAAGUCGAUGCUUAGAAAUAUUUGGAGGGUCAGGAUGCGACAUUUUGUUUUUACAGUUUUUACCCCAGAACGUCACAGAAUUUUAACGCAGCCCCCAAGGCCAUUACACGGCCCUGGACGCUGACUAAGUGGAAACAAAUAACGAAACCCCUCCCAAUAAUGCUGGGGUUUCUUUACUUGUUUACAUGGUCUUCAAAAUACAUCCACAGGUAUUCACCGGUUCAUUCUGCGUGUUGAAAACAAUUUGAUUGUCAAAUAAAUCUAAACGAGUGAUCACUGCAUACUUUUCACAGAUUAUGUGUUUAAAUCUUGAGCUGAAUUCCACAAAAACCAAUUGAAAACACCCGGUAACAUAAUUCAAACGGUGUCAGCCAUCAUAAUCACUUUGAGCGCCGAACCAUAAUGGGAGGUUCUAAACCUUGGAACGUUCCAAAACCAUGAAACCACCCAUGAAACUAACCACAUUUUACAGCAAGAGGCCCAAAGGCCUGGCGCUCAGUUGAUAUUUUGUCCAUACCAGAUAUGGUACCAGUAUAAUACAAGAUGGUGGUCAAACUAUAGGCCUAGAGGAGUGCAACGUGCAAAAAACAACCCCAUCGGAGGCAUUUGGAUGUGAAAGUAACAUGAUCAUAAGGUUUAUUGCACCACAUGUAGCUGAAACAUUGCUUUUAAAGGGAACUGACACCAACCAGCCAGUUCGUAUGACCUCGUUUUCAUUUCCCGCGUAUCGGGUGAUCAGAACGAGGCAUGAAUGAAACACGGCGCCUAGCUGUCAAUCAUUGAGUGACGUCACUACUAUGGAAUUUGCUACGAAAACUCAUGAAUGAAAGAUCGCAUGACUCACGGCUGUUUUCUCGGAGUACAAGUCGGCCAAAGGUUGGGCAACUUCAUCAUUUGUCUUCAAAUUCAACUCUUUCCGUAUUACUUUCCAUAUCGCCAGCGUCUCACGCGGAAUCCAUAGCCGCUGAUCGGCUUUUGAGACCUUUUUUGGUCGCCCCAUUACGCGAACUUUCGAUAUGAUUCUCAAUAAUAACAAAUUGAACUGCGCAUGCUCGGGCACUUGGAGCGGAGCUACAAAUCUGAACUCGAACAGGAAGUUGGAAGUUUGACUUUCUCGGGCCGUGAAAGUCGAAAAGUUGGCUAAAUCGCUGGGCGGUGUCAGUUCCCUUUAAGUUACUAAAUCACCUGCGAUAUAUCUAUUCAUCUUACAAGCCAAGAUAUCAAACAGCAGAUAACUCUAAUUUGCUCAAUGGUCAUUGGAUGGAAUGUCAUGAUCACUAGCAGUAGUGUAUGACCGUACACUGCUGUCAAUAUUCAUAAAGUUAACAGAAUGUUGCACCUGAAAAAAAAAUUCAAAUCGACUAAUUAGAUUA